AUGGUGAGUUUCGAUUUUUGCUUCGUAUUUUAUAGGAAUUGGCAUUCAGAGCGAGCUGUUUUACUUUCAAAAAAAUUAUUGUAAAAUUCGUAUUACGAUGUAAUAUUCAUUAAGCGCUCACUUCAGGGCUUGCUAAACAUUUUGAAGAAGUUCAAGAACCAACAAGGAAGAGAGCUGAGGAUUUUGCUGCUUGGUAUGUCAUUUUAUAUCAAUUUUUUCAUAAUGAACAAGCUAUUCUUAUUGUUAGGGUGCUCUUUGCCAUUGGCACAUAAAUUUGGGCAAUUGGGAAAUGGGGGUUUGGGGAAGAAACCUUUUUUGCAUUACACGAUUUUGGCUUUGCGUGACAACGGUGCCACUAUAGAGUUGCAAAUACCGAGCGUGCCACUAUGAGCUUUAUCGUGCUUGACUUGGCGGUGACCCUAAAUGGCUACCCUAAUCCGCAUUUAGCUGGGGCGUCGCGGCACUUGCGGGCAACCACUUUCCGGGCAGCCGACACUUUCCUAUUAGAAUUACGAUUUUCCACCCGUAAUCUACGUAGUAUAAUAGAAAUUUCGCAGUGGCAAGUUCCUGGUACUGAUUAGAAUAUGAAUCUAUGGAAUUCAUCGACUAAAGUUAUGGAAGUUUUUUUUCGAAAAAUGAAAAAACACUGUCUGACCUUAUGGUAACUAUUCAAGCCAUUUAUGCACUAAUAAACUUAAUUCGCAACAUCUAACUGCCUGGGCUAGCCUAUCCUCACAAAAAUCUGCUUUAAAAAUCUGCCUGCGACCAGUCAUGACCGUAGAUUUCGGUGUAAAUCGCAAAUAUUAUCUUCCAACGGAAACUAAGGUUUGUUGCGUUCGGUAUUUGCACCCAGUGAACGUGCACAGAAAGCAGCGCAAAGACAAGAUUCAGCAUAACACCAAGCCUUAAGAAAUUGCGGUAAAUAAAAAAUAGAGCCCUCGUUCAACCAAAAAAGCCGGUAGAAACAGACCCUACGGCGUCUAGUCUCUUGGUUACUUAUCUUGACCUAAGUGCCGUUUUUAAUUUCCGGCAACAAUGUUUCUUUUUUCAACCACAUAGUCCAUCAGUUUACGCAUUAAUUUUCAGGUCUAGACAACGCCGGAAAAACAACGAUCCUCAAGAAGUUGGCCUCGGAAGAUGUGACGCAUAUAACACCGACUCAGGUAGCGUUUUUUUUUGCAUAACAACAAUGACUUUGCAAUAAACUUUGGAGUGUAAUUUUCAAUUUUUUAGGGCUUCAAUAUCAAAAGUGUAAUGGCCGACAACGUCAAGUUGAAUGUAUGGGAUAUAGGCGGACAGCGAAAAAUUCGCCCUUAUUGGAAAAAUUACUUUGAUAAUACGGACGUUUUGGUAAUCUUUAAAAAAGACUUGUAAUAUUUAAAAAACGAAAAAAAGUUGUUGUAAUAUUUGAAAAACGAAAAAAAAUAUUUUCAGAUCUACGUGAUUGACAGUACGGACAAGAAACGGUUCGAUGAAACGGCCUUGGUAGGUCAGCAUACGUAUUCGUUGCAUAAGAUUUUGAUAUUUUGUUUUUAGGAACUAUCGGAGUUAUUGGAAGAGGAGAAGUUGAAGAAUGUCCCGGUUCUCAUUUUUGCCAAUAAACAGGUGAGAAAAUGGAAAUCAAAAAAAAAAUUUUUUUUUGUAAAAAAGUCAAACUAUUAAUUUUUUUGUCCAAAUUUCAAAAAAUGUCCUGGGUUAAGCAUGGGCGCAGCUCGGAAAAAAUAAAAAAAAUAUUCCUUUGCACUAACAGGGGAAGUACCCCAAGUGCGACGCUCAAAUUUUAUGAAACUUGGUACAAAUUUAGAAUAUUUUUUUCUAAAAAAUAUGCGGUAAUCCCAGCUCGCGCUUUGCAGAAACAGCCGAGAUUUUUUGGUCGAAAGUUGGCGAAAUUUUAACAUUUUUUGCUGAACUUUGGCACGAAAAGUUUCAUGCCUAUUUCUACCGUAGAGAGUAAUGUUUCCACAAAAAAUCAAUUUUUUCCGCCCGAAACUGGCAAAGUUAUGGCCAAAAGGUGUUUUUCUCUCUAACCGCUCUCCGCGUUUAGCGUACUCUCUCGGCGGCAAAGAUCGUUCAAUAUCUCGACGGCGCUGCAAAGCGCGAGCUAAACCUUGCAGGAAUUGAUAUUUAAUCUAUGCCCGACGUGUGUGCAAAAUUUAAAGAAAAUCUGAACGUCGCACUUGGGGUACUUCCCUUGUAAGCCACCAAAAAUUAAAUUUUUCAACAAAUUUUACUUUCAGGACCUCCUAAACGCCGCCACUGGUAGCGAAAUCGCUGAAGGAAUGCAGUUGCUGAACAUGUCCAGGGACAGGAUAUGGCAAAUCCAAUCAUGUUCAGCACUAACCGGAGAAGGUGUAAAGGCAAGUCCGCUAUGUUUGUUAUCAACUGACACGGGUCUUUGAAAAGUCUUCCUAGAGCUGCAUAAUAAAGAAUUUUCAUCAAAAGAGACCGUAUUUUACACUAGAUUAAAAUCUAAUUUUUUCCUUUAGGAAGGAAUGGAAUGGAUUUCGAAGAACAUCAAGACCCAGCCAUUGAAAGUUGCGCCGAGCAAAUUGGCCACGUCCGCGGAGACGGCCUGA